AUGGACGCUUCCCAACCUUUAUUGUCAACUAAUGUUAGUCGCCACAGUCGUUUACAAAAACUAUCAGUUUAUGAGUCCGUUAAGCUGGACUGUGAGAGUAUGUUGCUCUCCUCACCGGUGAACGUUUUGCUUGUCUUUGUUCCAUUGGGGUUAAUCUGGGGUUAUGCAGGCUGGUCCCACACCUGGGUUUUUACCUUUAAUUUCCUCGCUAUCGUUCCUUUGGCUGCUAUCUUAGCCAAUGCUACGGAAGAAUUGGCAGACAAGGCAGGUAGCACUAUAGGUGGGUUACUAAAUGCUACUUUUGGUAAUGCAGUUGAACUUAUCGUCUCUGUGAUUGCCCUAAGAGAAGGUCAGGUUAGGAUUGUUCAGGCUUCUAUGCUUGGUAGUUUGUUAUCCAACUUACUAUUGGUACUCGGUUUCUGUUUCGUCUUUGGCGGUUACAACAGAGUGCAACAAACGUUCAACCAAACUGCUGCUCAGACUAUGUCUUCGUUGUUGGCCAUUUCAUGUGCUUCUCUAUUAAUCCCAGCUGCUUUCAGAGCCACAAUCCCCCACAGCAAGAAAGAUAUUAUCGUUGAUGAUAAGAUUCUGGCACUCUCCAGAGGUACUGCUAUCAUCUUAUUGAUUGUCUACGUUUUAUUUCUGAUUUUUCAGUUGGGUAGUCACCAUUCUUUGUUUGAACAACAGGAGCAAGAAACUGACGAAGUAAUCAGCCAGAUAUCGCAAAAGCCGAAGCACUCUCUAAGUAUCAAAUCUGCCCUAACUUUCCUACUCAUCUCCACAGUUAUUGUUUCCAUCUGUGCAGACUUCCUAGUCGGAACCAUCGAUAAUAUUGUCGAAUCUACAGGGUUGUCUAAGACUUUUAUUGGUCUAAUCAUUAUUCCAAUCGUUGGAAACGCUGCAGAACAUGUUACCUCUGUCAUGGUCGCCAUGAAGAACAAGAUGGAUCUAGCAUUAGGUGUGGCUAUUGGCUCGUCUCUACAAAUUGCCCUAUUUGUUACACCUUUCAUGGUCCUAGUUGGUUGGGCUAUCGGGGUUCCAAUGUCUUUGAACUUUUCUACUUUCGAAACCGCUACCUUAUUCAUCUCCAUCUUCCUAUCCAACUACUUGAUCCUAGACGGGGAAUCCAAUUGGCUAGAAGGCUGCAUGUCAAUAGCCAUGUACCUAUUGAUCGCUAUCGCUUUCUACUACUACCCCGACGAACAAGCUCUGGUGUAG